UUUUUUUCUUUUUUUUUUCUUUAACGAUUCACUUUUCACCAUGACCAUUAAAAUAUUAAACGCUUCAGCAAUAAGACACUUGCACUCCGGUCAAGUUAUCGUUGACAUUGUGGCUAUUGUCAAAGAAUUGUUAGAGUAAUGAGCUUUUCCUACUUUUUUUUUUUCUGUGUUCGGGAAACAACUCGAUUGACCACUAUAUAGAAAUUCUUUAGACGCUCAUGCGACAAGCAUUGACCUUGUAUUCAUGAACAAUGGGUUAGAAUUUGUUCAAAUCAAAGAUAAUGGUGAAGGAAUUGAAGAAUGCGAUCGCAUAUGCGUAGCAAAAAGACAUUAUACGUCGAAACUCUCAGAGUUUCAUGAUUUAGAGGUCAUUCAAAGCUACGGAUUUCGUGGUGAGGCACUGAACUCGAUCUGUGUUGUUUCCGAUAAAGUUGUUAUCACGACAAAGACGAAGACUGAUCCUAUCGCAAAGCAGUAUGAUGUCAACAAAGAAGGGACCAUAUCGAACGAGAAAGUUGCGAAUACAAUUGCUUCAUCUGGAACAACUGUAACACUAUACAAGCCUUUCUAUAAUUUACCAGUAAGACGACAAUUGGCUCAAAAAAAUGCAACAAGUACCAUGAAGAAGGUUCAAGAGCUAUUAACAAAAUACGCAUUGGCUCAUCCAAAUGUCAGAUUCACUUGUACUCAAUCAACAAAUGCUGGCGGUAGAAAACCUUCCAACAAUACAUGGAUCAAACCUAUAACAGAAACAAUAGAAACGAGUGUCUCCAUACUAUUUGGACCUCGUCUUGCUGAUAUGACUGAAAGAUUUAUUGAAACGGAUGAAGAGGAUCCGAUACUAACUGUAGAUGUUGUUCUUCCAAAAAAGAACUCUGAUCCGUCCAUCGUCUUAAAGGGUCCGGAAAACGUAUUUUUUUACUGUAAUCAACGUCCGAUAAACUAUGUCAAAUCUGAAUUAAAAGACAUUGUCAGCAAUAUUCGUGUUAGAUAUAAAGAUGCUAUUGGGUUAAAUGUUGACAAUAAUCAAAAAAUACCGUUUAUCUAUGUUGAUAUUCAGAUACCUCCGAGUGAAUAUGACGUGAAUGUUGAACCAGAUAAAACAACUGUCUUAUUCCAUAAGAAAGAUCGUAUCUACAACAUUAUAAAGAAAAUCCUGGAUGACAUCUACCCAACAAAAAUGGAAAAGUUCUUUAAUAAACCCGAUUCACAAGUAAGCCCUCCGUCGGUUAUCCAAAAAAAAUCUACCCCACCGACAAGUGAUUGGAAUACAUCGAUGCUCGAAGAUAUGGAUCCCAAUGUUGAGACAAGAAAUAAAGAGAAUACUUCUGGAAGAACUGGAAUGGAAAACUGGCAAAUUGACAAUGCGUCAAGUAGUGUACCCGAUAAGACCGUGACGACUAUAAUCAAUGUCACUGAUGAUGAACCAGAUGUAUCUUUAGAAAAUACCAGGAUACGUAUUGACAAAGUAUCACCUGAAGCACCGCAAAAGUCCGUUGAUCCAAAGAAUGCGAAUAUGACAAGUUCAUCUUCUGUCAACUCAUCAUCCCUUUUAAAUAAGACCUCUAGAAUUACAGAUUUCAUGCCAACGACAUCUAAAAAACGUGCUCUUGAGGAUGAUUCUAUUCACCGUUCGACAAUCGUUUCUGAUGUUGAAAACAACGGGCCUCAGAUGAUUCGUCAAGUACAAAAAGUACCCCGCAUUCAUUCGCCCCCACCCCAAAAUGUGGGAUCCCAUAAACCUGCCCUUUCAUCAUUACAACAACUCCAAGCACGAUCAGAAACCCACGUCAAUCUACCAGGGCCAUCUGAGCUUACACCACGCGAGAAGCGGCAGUCUGAUUUGUCCUCACGAUCAUCUUUGACCCAAGCACCGAAAAAGUCUUUACCGAUCGUUACUAGGAAGGCCCCUCAUAUGAACCAACUAUGUAAUACAUUGAACCAAUCCUUGGUCGUUGAUUGCAACAUAGAGGAUGUGAAAGCGACGUAUCCUCGGCGAAAGGAAAUAUUGUCGGAGAGCUACCGUAUCCGUUUGCAAGAUUAUAUGGUCAUGAACGAUUAUGAUAGAGUCGGCCAAAUUACCAAGUUAUUAAAAUCACCACCUGGAUUAGAAAAACAUGGAUUAUCAUUCUACACCCGAGCAAAUCCAUCUGUGAUUGACAAACAUAGGCAUCAGAUCUGUCAAUUGGGGGUUGUCAAAUUAAAACCACUUUACAUUCAUGCUAUAGUCAAUAGACUAGCCAAAGAACACAAAAUCAUUUGCAAAAGAGCAUUUGAAAGACCCGUACAAAUGUACUUGGACCCACAAGAUACACUUUGUCCCGUUUUGUUAAGUCUGAAAAGUAAGGAACAACUUGUAGAUGAUGAUCUUCAUGGACAGAAAAAAAUUACGUAUAGUGAAAUCGUGGAUGACAUUAUCGUAUGGAAUGGAUUCAAAGCCAGAUGGCGUAAAGAUCUUUACUCUGGAAAAUUAAUCGUACAACUCACAGGGAUUUAUUCGCUUGGAUCAGGAUAUGGUACUGCUGAUUUUAGGGAACUGCUUUCGCUCAUGGCCGAUUCACGCAAAGGGGAUUUCGUAAGACCGAAAAAGCUUAUGGAUCAUUUGAAAUCAAUUGCAGAGGAGAUCUUUAAUACUAGCAAGCAAUUGACAGAUUAUUCAAUGCGAGACAUAGAGAAAGGUUUGGAAAGUCUCUCUUGGGUCAAAGGAGACAAUGCAUGGGAGCUGGGUCGAUCGAAAAUUGAAAACGAAGUACUUGCUUGUACAUUAAAUAGCUUAAAUUUAUAAGGGAAUUUUUUAUAAAAAGUAGCUAAUUAAAAUAACGCAUUUAUCAUGAAAAAA